UAUCACAUACAUCACACAUAUUUUUGGGUUUAUUAUUUUCAAGUUUUUAAACAUUUUUUUCGAUAUGAGCAAUCGAAACGAAGGCAAGCCAGGGGAACCACCGAAAGACCAAGGAGCUCAUCCCUUACCCCUACUCUUAACUGAAAAAGAAGGCGGCUUGAAACCACCUCUACCAAGUCGGUACAUUCAGACCACCGAGGAGGAUAAGGCUUCGGCUUUCGAGAAGUGUGCCGUGUUAAUUUGCUGGAUCUUUGUGGUUCUCUUCUUCCCCUUAUCGCUUUUCUGUUGUAUCCUCGUUGUACCGGAGUACAUCCGCCUGAUCAUCCUGCGCCUGGGUCGCCUCCGUAAGGGCGCCAAGGGUCCCGGACUGGUGUUUUUCCUUCCGUGCAUCGAUGGUGUCCAAGCGGUGGAUAUCCGUACCGAUGUCUACAAGGUAAUUCCCCAGGAAGUGCUCACCAAGGACUCGGUCACGAUCACAGUGACGGCGGUCAUAUACUAUUGCAUCUAUGACGCCAUUGACUCGAUCAUCCAAGUUGACAACGUGAACGAGGCCACCCUGAUGAUUGCCAAGGUCACACUGCGCAACAUCGUUGGGUCCAAGACGCUCAACGUGCUGCUGACCUCUAGGCAGGCGCUAUCCCGUGAGAUCCAAGAAGCUGUGGCUGGGAUCACCGCCCGAUGGGGGGUCCAUAUGGAACGGGUGGACAUAAUGGACAUUUCGCUUCCGGCCAACCUUAAGGUAUCCCUGGCAAGCGUGGCGGAGGCUGUGCGAGAAGCUCGCGCCAAGAUCAUCCUAGCCGAAGGCGAAGCCAAGGCCUCGAAAGCGCUGAAGGAGGCCUCUGAUGUGAUGUCUCAGAACCAAAUUGCCCUACAGCUGAGGCAUCUUCAAAUCCUUUCAUCGCUGGCGACUGAGAAACGUGUCAAUGUCAUCUUCCCCAUUCCCUUGGAGAUUAUGGAACCCUUUUUCAACGAGGGAGAGUUAAGCAAGAGCGACCCAGAUGAUCAAAAGGAUGAAAGUGAAUCCGAUUUUUCCGGUUAUUUUACACCAAAAGUUUACAUCGAAGCAGAGAAUAGAAAAGACGACGAUGCGGAUAACUCUAAGCCAACCACAUCCUGGGGAUUGCCGACAUUCUUAAGACGAAAGCAAGGUUCUGAGGAUGCAAGGCCAUCGCCUAGAAGCCGAAGCCAGCAGGCGCCUGGCAAUCGGCCCAAUAGACCAGCUGAAAGCGAACCGUACCCACUCUUUUCCAGCCCUUCUGAUAGCCCAAGGUCACCACGUUCCACCCGUAAGGUUUCACCGAGCCCACCGGAUCCUACUAUUCCCCCCAUUCCCAACCCUCCGCCUCGUCCCCCUCCGCGCUCCGAGUCGUCAUCAUCUUCGGAAUCGCAGAAGAAAGGUGGUUUGAUGCCCGAUCAAUAUUACCUCUUUGGACCCUAAUUUAUAUUAAAAGAUUAUAAUAUU